CCAUGGGAGGACCUAUCAUGGGGAGGACCGGAUCCGCCCCAGAGUCGCAGUUGGCCGGCCUGUCACACUGAGAGGGGGCGGGACAGGUGAGGAGGAGAGCGUAUACAAGAAAGAAAAGGAUGGUCAGUUCUUCAGGAAGGUGUGCGCUUCGCCAUGUGUUAGAAAGAGACAAGAAAAGUUUAUUUUUAGUUAAUUAUCGUCGUGUUUCCGGGAUUUAUUUGUCCCCGUUUUCUGUGCGGAGUACUUUUCAAACGUCAACGGUUAGUUUUUUUAAACCGAACGUAGGCCUACUAUUUUUCAAUUCGACUGCGCGAGACCCUUCAGUUUGUUUUCAGUGAAGCGAGCCUUUGUCAGCGCACAGGAUCGACUUUUACUUUUUUUUUGAAAACGUAUCUUCGAAGCAUAGAGGAGUGGAAAUACCUUUUUUUGACUUUUAAACGCAUUUUUUAUUGUGUUUUUAUUUUUUUGGUAAACUACUUGCCCUGUAGUCAUGGAGAGGGACGACUGUCACUCAGCAACGCGCACACAUCCGUUUUUUCACGAGUUGAAGAUGACCCGUGCGCAGAGGAUAAGGGGCAUCAUCCUGGGCAGCGUGCUCUUCCCUCUGCGCGUCACCCUGACGGCCCUCAUCUUCCUCAUGAUGUGGCCCCUGGCGCGGCUCCGAUCCGCCGGCCUGUCUGCGGAGGAGUGCUCUCGCCCCAUCACUGGGUGGAGGCGCUGGCUCCUCCACCCAAUCAUUAAGUUUCUGAGCCGAUCCGCCUUCUUCUGCCUGGGCUUCAUGUGGACAAAGGUCAAAGGUCGCUGUGCGGACCUGAAGGAGGCGCCGGUGCUGGUGGUGGCGCCUCACAGCAGCUUCCUGGACAUGUUGGUUCUGCCUCAGACGGAGCUGGCAACGGUGGUGUCGCGGUCGGAGAACACCAGCCUGCCCGUCGUAGGAGCCCUGCUGGAGUUCAACCAGUCAGUGAUGGUGAGCAGGAAGGAUCCGGAGUCGAGGAGAAAGGCGGUCGCUCAGCUGACCGAGAGGCUGACCUCCGGCGGGUACUGGCCUCAGAUGCUGAUGUUUCCAGAGGGAACCACGACUAACGGCAGCUCUCUAAUCAAAUUCAAACCUGGUGCCUUCCUCGCGGGCGUCCCCGUCCAACCGGUUCUGCUGCGUUACCCCAACAAGCUGGAUUCUGUUCGCUGGACGUACAAAGGAACAUCCUGGGUGGAGACCCUCUGGCACACAGCGUCUCAGUUCUACACAAACAGCACUGUUGAGUUCAUGCCAGUUUACACCCCGUCAGAGGAGGAGAAGAAAGACCCCAACCUGUACGCAGACAAUGUUCAGAAACUCAUGGCCAAGGCCCUCGGGGUGCCGUCCACAGAUUAUGUGAUGGAGGGCCGGGUCCCUGUGAAUAAAGUGGGGGGCCUUUCUCUCCCCAUCGAUUCUCCUGCCAGGGACACGCUCUCACUGCUGCACCAAAGCGGUCUGGAAGCUCAUGACGUGGAAGCAGCGCUGGUCAGAAUGAUUGACAGGUGUCAGUCAGGAGCUCAGGGGUCAAAGUGCAGCGCAGAGGAGCUCGCCUCCAUCCUCGGGCUGACGGACGCACAGACAGCCGGGAGCAUCUGCAGCUUCUACUCCAAGGAUGAGUCUGUGGACCUGAGGCAGAUCUAUUUAAGUGUUUCUGCUGUGUCAGGAUUUGUCAGCUUCAGCACACUGCUCCACACGGCUUUUACUCUGUUUGACCCAGAGAGCAGCAGCAGUCUGAGUGCAGAGCAGCUGUCCGGCCUCAUGGGGGCGCUGCUGGGGUUCCCUCAGCAUCGAACAGCUGAUCUCUACUCCCAGGUGUCUGAGGAAGGCCAGCUGACUGAAGAAAAUCUGCUGCGAGUGCUGACGAGCCACCCGACCUAUCAGGAGGUGGUGAAGGAGUACUUGCAGCCUGAGGAGGAGGCGGGCUCUCAGCUGGCCAAUGGGAAGGCUGUAAACAACAACGGAAACACGCUAAACGGCCACGGAUCCAUCCACUACAAGAAGUUUGAAUAGGGAAUAAAAGAAAAUAGGAUGUGUCUUUUUUUAUAGGAUGUUUAUUAGUUUGUUAUGUAUUCUGCAGCAACCGGACACAAUGUACCAGAGUAAUUGACAAUGGAUUGUAUUUUUAUAGUGUGUGUGUGUGUGUGUGUGUGUGUGUGUGUGUGUGUGUGUGUGUGUGUGUGUGUGUGUGUGUGUGUGUGUGUGUGUGUGUGUGUGUGUGUGUGUGUGUGUGUGUGUGUGUGUGU